UUAAAAGUGAUUAUAAUUGUGUUUCCAGGACAGACAUUUAUCUGAACCAGCAAUGAUCGAAGAAAAUCUGUCCAAGCCUGUAUCUGUUGAGGAGCAUGUGAAUGUCAUGCAGACAGUAGAAAGUCGGUCAGAUCUUGUAGCUGCAGAACUGGAGAAGAUAAAACGAUUCAACUUUCUGCUUGAGGGCAGCCGCCUGCUGAGAAGUGAGAAAGGAUGUGCAGAAAUGGAAGGUAGCUCUGCAGAAGAGGUGACUCACGAACCAGUGAGUGAGAACUGCAUCGCUGAAGCUCUUCAGAGAACAUCUAAAGCCAUACAGGAUAUUGAUGCUCUCAUAUCUGCAGCCACACUGACUUAAAAGAACCAUGAUUAAUGAUGCAUGUGCCUGACUGUUGAGACUGCAGAUACUGUUUUACUGCUAUAUGUAGAGACUGAAAUAAAGAUUUGGCACAUGA